UCUUGUCUUGAAUCUGUUUGUUAGCUUAACUGUAGCUGUGUUUAGCUCACUAAAACCUUCAGAAAUCUUACCUGGCAGCGUAUAAACUGUAGACAACACGCAGGUCCAUGUUUGGUUUCUGUCCCUGCUCUUAAAACAGAAGCUUUAUUCACGGAUAGUCUUAGUAAGUGGGAGAGUCUGCUGUAUGUGAGCUGAGCCAUGUUUAGCUGUUUGGAUCAGAUGCCACUUGGCUCGCUACCAUGGUGGGCAUCAAGCUUGCGCAAAGUGCGAAUGCGUGUAUUGUGGAUGUUCACGGUAUUUUAAUAAUAAGAGUUAUCUUUUCAUUGUUUCAUAAUUGAAUAAAGCUGAAUAUAGUAAUUUUACUCUAAAAAUAGCAUUAAUAAUUUUAAGUGUAUAGUUAUUGGGUCAUGUUUAGAUUUACAUCAUUUUAAUUUAUUUCUACUUGAUAUCAGAUUUAUAGCAAAGAUGAAAAAAAACAACAAUAUAUGAGAUAUGAAGCCUUACAUUAUCUAAGUCACCUUACAAUUUGAACAUUGAGUUUUUUUUAUUAAAUAUAAUCCCUGCUUUGCUCCUCUUUUUUAUUUAAAUUCACGUUAAUCUGGUGCUUCAUUUAUUAACUCUCGUUGUUUUUUCCUUGUUGUUUAUUUAAAUGUUAACACUUUACGAUGUUGUAAUGGUCAGCAAAAGCUUACACAACCUAGUACAAGAGAACACAGAUGGAAAAUCGCUGCGAAAUAAUGCGCAACCAUGAGAACCUUUGGGGACAUUUGACUGACGUUAAUACGGAAGUGAUUUUCAUGUGUGUUUCAUGAUCUGUCCUCCAUUCAUCAGAAUUACUGCCAGCUUAUCUUCCGAUGUUGUUUUGAAAAUCAAUGAUUUGAGGUUUGUAGAUUCAGCUGGACGCUUCACUUCAAACUUAUAAACUGCAGUGAUGACAGAGAAAGGCAGUGGUGCUCCUGUGGCUCGGUCGAUGCUGCAGCAGUGUCUGCAGGCCAGGCUUCAGGUCAAACCUGCAGAUGAACACUCGGAGGCUGAGUUUGUACAGAUUGAGAGAGGAAUGGUGAUCUACAUCUGUUUCUUCAAAGGAGCCAAGGACGACAUCCUUCCAAAGAUGGUAUCCACUCUUUUAAACCUGCGACUGUCUGAGACCGACUCAGGGAAGUUGGUGUCGGUGUUGGAGCUUCCCGGCAGCGUUCUGAUCGUCCCUCAGGCCACGCUGGGUGGGAAGGCUAAAGGCCGAGCCAUGCAGUACCACAACAACAUUAACAAAGAGGACGGACUGCGGCUCUAUGACACCUUUGUUUCACUGUGUCAGAAGGAACUGAAUGCUGCUGCUGCUGCUUCAGGAGGGAGCGAAGCUGAAGUGACGGUGAAACACGGGACAUACGGAAACAGACAAGUUCUGAAAAUUGACACUAAUGGUCCAUACACACAUCUGAUGGAGUUCUGAACGGCAGGUUUUGGAUUUUUCUCUUAAUAAAUGUGUAAAUAUAUACCAAAAAGAUAGGGAAAGAAAAUAUGACUAAAUCUUUAAUGUAUUUUCAUUUGAUGAUUGUAUUUUCUAUAAACACAAAAAACUUUCAAACA